AACGGCAUAAGUCUAAGGGGACAAAUACGUAAUCAUAAACAUGGAGUUCUAGGAUGUAGAUGGCAUUGAUAUAAAUACAUUUUGUAGAGUAUUCAAUAAUCAAUGUAAACUGCUUUUUUUUUUAUUCCACUUUGUAUCGUGAGGCCAAUAAUCAUUUUAAAAAUUAUAUAUUUUGAUAGACUCAGUUUCCAUUUGAAGUUAUCAAGACUCAACCGCUUCCAUGAUAAAGUGGCUACAGAUAACCACUGCUUCCGUAUCUGUCUGGUCAACACGCUGUUUAUCAGUGGAAACUGUUUGUACUUAGCCUACGACUCAUCAUAGGGCUAUAAAUGUGUGAACCAAUAGAUAGAGCCCUGGAUUGCUCGACACACAACACGCUGCUUGGAGUCACUUUUUAAUGACCGGCUUAUUCUUUAAUGACCGUGUCAUGUGUCGGCUAUAGACCUGCUUAUGCUUCUUCACAGUAAGGGUUUAUGAAAAGACUUGCAGAGAAAAACAUUCUUAAUUUGAAAUAAAGUUAUUCAACACUGAAAUACGCCGUGCUACGCUCACAAUAAGACCAUCAACUGUAUCUCGUGAGAGUCAACUGUGUCUCGUGAGAGUCAACUGUAUCUCGUAAGAAUUGUGGAGUAACAGAGAAGUAGCAAGUAGCAAUGGAAACGAUUCAGACUGUUUAGAAUUGGUAAACUGAAUUUUGCAAAUGUUGGCGUGAGGCAAUUAUUUUUAAUGGAUUAAAUUUGGGGUUCAAACUUAAAACAAAAUGGAGGAGGUCGAGCUGACAGUGUCUGUUGAAGGCAUGACCUGCAUGUCUUGUGUUCGGAACAUUGAAGGUCACAUCUCCAAGGUCCCUGGCGUCAAGAGCAUCUCGGUUUCUCUGGAGAACAAAAACGCAAGGCUUGUUAUUGCCCCUUCACUGAUAACACCAGAGGCCGCUGCAACGGCGAUAGAGAAUAUGGGAUUUGAUGCCAAAGUUAUAUCACCUACACUUUCAGUAGGUGACCUUUCAGAUAUUGUUGACCUAAAUAUAGAGGGGAUGACCUGCCAAUCUUGCGUGAAGAACAUCGAAGGUCACAUGUCUACGAAACCUGGCAUCACCGAUAUCAAGGUCAGUCUAGACAGCAAGUCAGCUCGCGUGACUUACAAGUCCGAUGUUACCAACCCGUCAACAAUAGCUCAGCAAAUUGAAGACAUGGGAUUCAAUGCUUCCGUGAUGAGAAGCAGCAUAGAGGAAAGCGUUAUUGCCGCGGCACCCUCAACAGCUGGCCAGACAGCUGCUGCUGACCUGAGGGUAGAGGGCAUGACCUGCCAGUCCUGUGUAAAGAACAUUGAGGGUCACAUGUUUACGAUACCUGGAAUCCUCAACAUCAAGGUCAGUUUAGAAAAUAACACAGCUCACGUGAACUAUGAUCCGGCUGUUACUGACCCGUCCAAAAUAGCUCAACAAAUAGAAGACAUGGGUUUCAGUGCGUCAGUGCUGCUUAGCACAAAUCCUAUCGUCCCCAUGCCAUCUCCUUCAGCUUCUAGCCAGACGGCUACUCUUGAUCUAAAUGUAGAUGGCAUGUCCUGCCAGUCCUGUGUGAAGAAAAUCGAAGGCCACAUAUCCACUAAGCCCGGGAUUCUGAACAUCCAGGUCAAUCUGGACAACAAAUCAGCUCACGUGACCUACAAUCCCAGCUUAACUAACCCCACAAAAGUUGUUCAGCAGAUCGAGGACAUGGGAUUUGACGCAUCUUUGUUGCCUAGCAACGAAGAUCAAAACGUUCAAACACCAAGAUCAGGGAACUCCAGAGACAUUUCGACAACAGUUUUGAACAUUCGGGGCAUGACAUGCGAUGCUUGUUCUAAUAACAUUGAAAUAUUUGUAUCGGAAAACCCAGCAGUGGCCAAUAUAAAAGUUUCACUGGCCGACCAAACUGGUACCAUUAACUACUAUCCGUCCAAAAUAACCCCAGAACAGUUAUGUGCAAUAAUUAACAGCAUGGGCUUCGAGGCAUCAGUUGCUGUACCUAGUCACACUAUAGUUGCAUCCGUGAGUGGCACUCUGCCGAAGGAUGUUUCAAGGAAGAAAGAAGCUCGCAGAGCUGAAGGAGCUGAGAAAUGUUAUUUGAAUGUAUCUGGGAUGACUUGUGCUUCCUGUGUGGCCUCCAUUGAGAAAACUGUGGGGAAGAUGGAAGGUGUUCACAAAAUUCUAGUCUCACUGAUGGCCCAGAGAGCAGAAGUUACAUACGAUCCACUGCUGGUUCAGCCACAGGAGGUUGCGGAUAAGAUUGUGGCAUUGGGCUUUAGAGCGUCAGUCAUCCACGGAGAGUCUGUUGGACCCGGAACCUGUGAACUAACGAUUCUCGGCAUGACGUGUAGCUCCUGUGUUCAUCGCAUUGAGUCGGUGGUGAAAAAGAAAAGGGGAGUCUUCUCCGCAUCUGUGGCUCUGUCCACCAACACUGGAAAAUUUACAUUUGAUUCGGAGCUGAGCGGCCCAAGGGACAUAAUUGAUACGAUACAGGCAAUGGGGUUUGAGGCUAAACUGAGAACAGACGAUGACAUAGGCGCCUCACGCUAUGAUCACAGAGAAGAGAUAAAAAGAUGGCGGAGAUCUUUUCUGUGGUCCCUGGUGUUCGGUCUACCUUCUAUGAUCGUCAUGUUUGUCUUCACGUUUGCAAUAGAUGCCUCUGGAGAUGACAUGCCGAAUCACAAUGUCACAUCCAUGACUGACAACCACAGCGAUGUCAUGGUGACACCCACGAAGAUGGAUGGCCACUACAACCAGAUCAUGAUCACUCCAGGCCUGGACGUGCUCAAUCUCCUCAUGUUUGUGUUGGCCACUCCUGUCCAGUUUAUUGGUGGCCGAUACUUUUAUAUACAAGCUUACAAAGUGCUGAAGCACAAGUCCACAAAUAUGGAUGUGCUGGUCGUCAUGUCAACCACUAUCUCCUAUUUCUACUCUUUGGCUGUGGUCAUUGCUGCCAUGAUCAUGAAGGAGAGAAGCAGUCCGAUGACCUUCUUUGAGACCACUCCCAUGUUGAUGGUGUUUAUAGCACUGGGGAGAUGGCUGGAGCACAUCGCUAAAGGUAAAACCAGUGAAGCCUUGGCCAAGCUGAUUUCUCUGCAGCCAGCAGACGCAGUUUUGGUAGAAGUGGACAAGAAUUUCCAAAUUCUUUCUGAAAAGGUCAUCUCUCUUGAUCUUGUCCAGCGUGGUGACAUUCUCAAGGUCACUCCAGGUGGUAAGAUUCCUGUGGAUGCCAAGGUCAUCUUUGGACAAUCAGCUUGCGACGAGGCACUGAUAACAGGGGAGAGUAUGCCUGUGCAGAAAUCAGUGGGUUCACAGGUGAUUGGAGGCAGCAUCAAUCAAACUGGAAUGCUGUUAGUGGAGGCCACGUAUGUUGGGGCUGAUACAACACUCAGUCAGAUAGUCAAGUUAGUGGAAGAAGCUCAGACCUCAAAAGCUCCUAUUCAAAACUUGGCAGACAAAAUUGCUGGUGUGUUUGUUCCUAUGGUCAUCGUUCUUUCUUUGGUCUCCCUGAUUAUUUGGGCCAUUAUCGGCUAUUCAGAUAUCAACCUCUUGAACACCAAUUAUGAUCCAAAGAGUGAAAAAUCCAAAUCUGAAAUAAUCUUUGAAAAAGCAUUUCUAUACGCCAUUACAGUGUUAAGUAUUGCUUGUCCCUGUGCCUUGGGACUGGCGACACCAACGGCAGUAAUGGUGGGCACAGGUAUAGGUGCUACCAACGGAAUAUUAAUCAAAGGUGGAGAACCAUUGGAACUAACUCACAAGCUGAAGGUGAUUGUAUUUGACAAGACUGGUACGAUCACUCACGGUGUACCCAGAGUGUCCAGAGUCUCCAUGUUUGUCAAGAACAAGACUUGCUCCUUUGUCAAGUUUCUCAUCAUUGCUGGCACAGCUGAAAAUAGCAGUGAACAUCCAAUAGCUUCCGCCAUCAUGAAAUAUGUUAAAGAGACUUUGGGUACAGAGAGCCUGGGCAAAGUAUCCGAGUUUGAUGCAGUGCCAGGGUGUGGUAUCAAGUGUAAAGUCUCACACGUUGAGGCCAUCCUGUCAAGAAUCAAUAUGGUGGAAGUCAACAAAAGAAAGGACAAGUUUGGCAGUCUGAGCAUCAAAAUUGAUAACUUUGUGAACAGCUAUCAAGAAACAGAGAUAUCUGAAAUAGAACCAGAAAUAACUUUAGGCGCAGAGGCAUCGCAGGAGUACGAGGUACUCAUUGGCAACCGUGACUGGAUGAACAGAAAUGGGCUAGAGGUGACGGACGUCAUGGAUAAUGUCAUGACAGAGCACGAGAUGCAAGGUCACACGGCAGUCUUGUGUGCUAUAGAUGGUACAAUCACUGGCAUGUUAGCUGUGGCUGACACUGUGAAGUCUGAGGCUCAUCUUGCAGUGUAUCAACUCAAGAAGAUGGGACUUCAAGUGAUUCUUUUAACAGGAGAUAACCUGAAAACAGCUAAAGCCAUUGCUAAGCAGGUUGGCAUCACCAAUGUCUUUGCUGAGGUGCUUCCUACCCAUAAAGUGAAAAAGAUCAAGCAGCUGCAAGAGAUGGGUCUGAAGGUUGCUAUGGUGGGAGAUGGAGUGAAUGAUUCCCCAGCACUUGCUCAGGCAGAUGUUGGCAUAGCCAUUGGUACUGGAACAGAUGUAGCUGUGGAGGCAGCUGAUAUUGUACUUAUACAGAAUGAUCUAUUAGAUGUGUAUUCUGCUAUAAAACUGUCAAAGAAAACCGUACGAAGAAUACAUAUCAAUUUCUUCUCCGCCUGUAUCUAUAACUUGCUUGGAAUUCCCAUCGCUGCUGGUGUGUUCACUCCAGUUGGUUUAGAGCUACGUCCCUGGAUGGCAUCGGCUGCCAUGGCGAUUUCGUCUGUAUCUGUUGUCUUAGCUUCAUUGCUACUGAAAACGUUCCGCAAGCCCAAGAAAGAACAUUUGAUGACAUCAGAGUAUCGAAAGAAGCUGAAAGAAGACCAAAGCGAUGAUGUGGUUGUCAUGGCACACAGAGGGGACUGGAGCCUGUCCAUACGAUCAUCACGACAUAGUAGCAUUUCGGGAAGAAAAACUAGAGAAUAUGCAGAAUCCAGAUUUUUAUCCUGAACUAUUCGGUAAAACAAAAACAUUAGUCUUACAAGUGUCAGUCAUCUCCAGUCUUUUGACGAACGUUUCUUGCCCCUGUUGCGAUCUUCCUCUUUUUGAAAGUCACUGUUUCCCCAGAUUCUGGACACAAUGAGGUCACUAUCUUUUCUUUAAAUUUGGGCCUUUUUGGAACAGGAGUGCUAUCAUCAGCAGAUGGUUCUUCUGGCAGUGGGAUCUCAUCCAGAGAAGGAGGAGUGCUGCUGUCAUCAUAUAUUGUUGGCUGCCUGUGACCCAGAUUAAAACAGACAUUUGUUCAAAAUAAGACUAAUUUAAGAUAAUUCAAUAACCAAAUAGCUGUAAACUGAAUGGAACUAAUUGUAUUAUAACUAUAUCCUACAUUUUUUAACAAAUUGUGUUAAGAAUAUACUAAAUGUAUUUUAAAUGUUCUUAGUAUAUUCUAUGACAAUAAGAAAAAGAAAAGUAUUCUAUGAACUGCUCAUACUCUAUCUCAAUAGUUUACAGCAUAAAAGAAAGUUAAGCCACGACAACAAUGAGCAUCACAAGAAUAUCAAGAAUAACACACACAAAAAAAAAAAAAGUGUAAAAAAUUCUUUAGAAAUGAUAACUUGAGUAAUAAACACUAUCAAAUGAAGUGAUAGUUUCUAAAACGUUAGUAAAUUAAGUUAGAGCUACUUGUUUUCACCAAUAUAGUUUAACAUAAAGAAAAAAGAGAAGAGUUCCAUGAGCUAUAAUUAAGAAGUUAGGAAAAAACAUUACAUUUGUAUAAAUCUCAUGUUCAGAUGUAUAAACUGUUUUAGCAUUGACUAAUAUAUAUAUUAAUAGGUCUAUUUAUUUUUGUAUACAUUGACAAAUAUGUGUAUUUAUAUUCCUGCAUCCAAUAGUAUCAUCAGACAUUAUAUGUAUUAAUAAUAAUUAUUAUAUAUACUUUUAUUUUCAUUCACAUAAUAAAUGCAAAUGAGUCUAUUAAUUAAACAACAUUAACUCAAUAUAAAAUACCCGGUAUAUAUAUACAAUAUAUAAAAUAAUAAAAGAUCAAUGGGCUUUAUUUCUGCAAGUAUAAAUAUAUAUGUCAGAUGUACAUAUAGAUUCGAAUUUUUAAAAUUGAAGUUACGAAAAAAAGGUUAUGCACACAUUCCUAUACACUGUAUUUUUUAUGAUUGAGAUGAUCAAUAGUCGCUAAAAGCGACUCACAGAGGCCAUAAAUCAAUUAUUUCAUAAAUUCUAAUAAAUGCUGUAUUAAUCUGUUUGAAGCCAAUAAACUGUGUUUCAUUAA